AUGAUAUGGCUUCUGCUGAGCCUCUUGUGGCAGGCUGCCUCCGGCCACCAGUCAUCACAGGUGCCGAAACUGAGAAGAGCCAAUGGCACCAUAGCCUUCAACGCAUGGACGAUGCUCGACCCGGCGUCGAGCCAAGCUUUCGAGCGCACCCAGAACUUGCGCGUCCACGAGUUUCUUUCCAGCUAUGUUAGAAUGUACAAGGCUGGGAAAGCACAGGAUCUCAUGCCGGACCCUUUCGUCGAUGCGCCUUCUCUGGAAGGUCUGACCUCGAAAGGAGGACAACUUCACGAUGCCAGAGCUCUGGCAGAGCAGCUCCGAGGCUCUCCUUCUGCAGCGGAGGAUGCCGUGCAGUUGCCUUGCCGGUUCGAGGAGGAUCACGACUACAUCGGCGUUGAUGCAUUAACCAUCCCACACAGGCCGGGCUGCAUCAAGUUUGCAUCGGAGUGCUUGCUGAGGAUUCCAUACUUCGAGGUGUCUGCACUGCAAUUCCUUCGGGUGCACAAGGUUUUCCGAGAGAUGGUCGAGAACAUCAUUCUGCAGCCACAGCUCUGGAGCAGCGACUCUCUGAAGGAGUUCUACCAGAAACACAAGCAGCAGACGAUACUCCAGGACCAAUGUGUCCUGAGCUAA